AUGAGAUCCCUGCUGAAGCUGACUGUGCUGCUCCUCUGUGUUCAGCAAGGAGCGGGACACUGGCUACGCUCUCUACUGGAGGUGAAAGGACAGUCUGCCUCAUCCCACUUCGAAGCAGCUGAAGACGGGGAAGGAACCAAAGCACCUGGGGAGGCCACAGAAGGUCCAGAGGAGCACCGGGGAGCCCCCAGGUCCCGCCGCAGCGCCGACACGUCCUGUAGUGUGCAGUCGCUCCUGAUCCAGGUGCGGGAUCUGGGCCUAGGCUACGACUCCGACGAGAUGGUCCUCUUCAAGUACUGCGCCGGAGCCUGCCCGCUGCAACGCUCCAACCACGACCUGACGCUGGCCAACCUGCUGCAGGGCGGGCGCUUGCCAGCGUCCCUGCCCGGCCAGAUGUGGCACAGCAUGCCCUGCUGCCGACCAACGCACCACGAGGACAUGGUCUUCCUGGACAACGCGCACCGCUGGCACAAGGUGGAGAAGCUGUCGGCUGCAGGCUGCGCGUGUGUGGGAUAGACACAGAUGGAGGAGAUCCAUCUGAGAACUCUGAGCUCAGGACUGACUGAGGUGUAAUAUUUUAUACCAAUUCAUGACUUCAGGUUGGGAUAUUGGCAAGACAUGGAGUUUUUCCCUUUCCCCCUACGUAGAUCUUUAUGAAUCUAACAAAAAAAAUACCAAGUUGGUGUCUGUGAUGAAUUUAAAGAUUGAAAUUUGUGAAGUGUCACUGACAUAAGACAUCUGCCUAUGCAAUUUUUUGUGCGAUUGGUGGUAUCAAAUAAGCGUCCUCUGAUGUUUGUAUAUUAUGAAGAAAUGCAAUGUCUCUUUCAAUAAUUUACUCCAGAAGGUUACAUUGAGUGAAGCGGUUAAAUCCUGCUGAAG